AUGUUUGUAAUUAGGACACCCACAAAAGCCCCCAAGAGGGCUCAAAGCACAAGCCCCGACUCGAACAGGGAAGUGACCGCCGAGCUAAACGUGACUUAUGAAGCGAAACCUUCAACCCCACCGACGGAAGCCUAUGUGAUCGCUUUAAAUAGCAACAUAGAAACGGCCGAUCCGAUAGACAUCACUGGAUUUACGACGGAGGUGCCUGCUAAGACAGGAACAAAGCCUCAACCAAUUCGACUCAAAUUUAUGACUACACAGAGUCGCGCCGCACCAGCAAAGAAGAAGUUGACAAAAGCGCACUCUUCGCAAUCGAACUCAGGGUUAACAGAAGUGGCAUCAGCGGAUAGAGAGAAGACCUCAAAGUCUCAGGAAACUUUAAAUAAUCCAAUGGAACAAACAAAGAUCAUAGAAAGAAUUCUAGCUGAAACUAAAUACCAUGUGGACAACAUUCGUACUAACCUAAAUCAAUCUGGAAAUAUAAAACGCACAAUAAAGGAGGAAAUACAAAAAAGUACUAAAGGUCUAUAUAACAUGGUGCUGCAGAGCAUUAAGAUCAAUACAGGAGAAGCAGUAAACUACAAUUUGGAAAUAGAUAUGCGAAAACCAGAAUCGAACGAACACAAACUUAACGAAUUAUUAGAAUAUAUUAAAACACAGACCACCACAUUGGAAAGAACACAACAGGAAAUUUUGAGCCUGAGAGGAGAAAUGAAAGAGCUUAAGACUAGAAAGACCGACGAAACAAGUAACAAAAUACAAGAACCAAAAUCGCAAAGAAUAGAACAAACUGGGGAAGAUCUUCGUAGAGAAUUGAAGGAACAUAGCGAACUUUUAAGAAACAGCUUUACUAGAAUUGAAAUGUUAAGUGACAAGAUUGAUAACCACCAGAAAGUGCUUGAAGGCACUACGUACGCGAGUGUGGCAGCGGGUCGGACAGCGAAGAAUCCCCCGCAAACGACAACGCUCCACUCGGUGAUUGUCACCUCUACGAACGAAACGGACACUGGCGAUGAAGUUAUCCAGAAAUUUAAAGAUGCUGUUAAAGACGAAGAAGGCUGGAUAACAGUUGACAAGAUUCGGAAAGCAAAGGACAGGAAGGUUACGCGACACAACAAGGCUAUGUCUUCCGGCGAACGACCGUUGAGCCCUGCUAAUUUCAACCAUCACAGACCGCCAGGUCCUCGGCCAUCGGAGAUCAACCCUUCUAUAUCUCCAAUACUGGGGCGAACAUGUCCAUCGCCAGCCCGGUUAUCAGCCGUUGAAAACGAAAAGGCACGAGAAGAUACGUCGGGAGGCGGCAGCGAAUCAAGGACAGAGCCGGACUCCACCAUGCACAGGACACCUCCCAAAACCUCCAAACCGCCAGCGGUCAAGGCGAAAACCGCCAAACCGCAAGCCACGUCAAGCAAAAAUAUAAAAAUGACAACAACCGCAUCACCGUCGCCAUCAAAAAUACCAACACCAUCACCUCUACCUCUACCCUUGCCCCCCUACGUAACUAAACUAAUCAGACAAAAAUCCGAAAUUUUUCCCCCUAAAGAGGUAAUAGACAACAAAGCAGAAGCACAUUACAAUAAUAUUUUGGAAUCAAUCAACGAAUCAAAAAAUAUAAAAACGUCAAUAAAAGAAAACAUAGCCUUUCAUGCAGAAAAACUGCUCCACAUGGUAGAUGCCAUAAACUGCGACAUGACAGACCUAGCUAGAGAGGUACUAGCGGCGGUAAUGGAACGACUUGACCAGGCACCUGAAAAACAAAAACAGACCCAAGAAAUGAUGGAACUAAACACAAAGAUGGAAAAACUAAUGGAACAAGUAAUAACACAAAACUUGGACUUAAAAAAGGAAAUCUCGGAGUUAAAGGCAGAAAUAAAAGAAAUAAAGGAGGAAAAAAGCAAUACCGGACUGAUGGAGGAACUACAAAAACAGAACAUAGCAACCGAAAAAACCCAAAAACACCUACAAGAAAUAAAAGAAGACAUCAAGGCAAUACCAAUCUCACAACCAAUACCAACAGAGAAGCCAAAUACGACACCAGAAUCCUUUUUUUUUUUUUUUUUGUUAUCGCUGGGGAAACCCAUCAUGGGGACCCAUGGGGAGAAGAUGCGCGUACCGGCGCCUCCUCUCCCCCAGCCGACGGCGACGAAGAGGGUCUGC